UGGCAAAAGAUGCGCGCGUUCCGCGAGAACCUUCCCGUGGCCGCGCUCAGGGACAACCUCCUGCGCGCGCUCCGCGAGCGCGACGCCGCGGUCGUGUGCGGCGAGACCGGGUCCGGGAAGACGACGCAAGUGCCGCAGUACCUCCUGGACGACGCCGUCGACGCCGGCGCCGGGGCCGGGUGCCGCGUGAUAUGCACGCAGCCGCGCCGCGUCGCGGCGCUCACCGUCGCCGAGCGCGUCGCGUCCGAGCGCUGCGAGCGCGGCGGCGUCGGGGGCAAGGGCAGCCUCGUGGGGCAUCACGUGCGGUUAGACGCCGCGGUCACGAAGGACACGAGGCUCACGUUUAUGACCGCGGGGAUACUCCUUCGACGGAUGCACGGGGAUCCGCUCCUCGCGGAGGUGUCGCACGUGGUGUUGGACGAGAUACACGAGCGGAGCUUGGACGGGGACUUUCUCCUCGCGCUGUUGCGGACGCUGCCCGCGCGACGGAGGGAGCUCGGGAUGGCGCCGUUGAAGUUGAUCGUGAUGAGCGCGACGCUCGACGCGAAUUUAUUCUGCGGGUACCUCGACGACUGCCCGGUCGUCCAAGCCGCGGGACGCACGCACCCGGUGAGCACGGUGUAUCUGGAGGAUAUCCACGACAUGCUCGAGUACACGUUAGACGAAGAGAGCCGGUGCUGCCGACGUCCGCGAGGCGACUCCAGAGGCGCGGCGGCGAUCGAGAACAUGGACCGGAGAGAGAAAGCCGCGGCGCUAGACUCGUGGGGGGUGGACGACGCGUGGCGCGGGGACGAGAACCCAGACUACGACCCCACGCAGUUCGAGCACGUCAGCGCGCUCACGCGUCGGAACUUAUCGCGCCUGGACGAGAACGUCAUCGACUACGACAUCAUCGAGAAGCUCUUGGGCGUGAUCGACGACGACGCCCCUCACGGCGCCGUGCUCGUCUUCCUCCCCGGGAUCGGCGAAGUCUCUGGGCUCAUCGAUCGCCUCGCGUCGAACCCGCGGUUCGCGCCUCGACACGGGAAGCACAAGCUCGUGCCGUUACACUCCGCGCUGACGCCCGCGGAGCAGAGAGAGGCGUUUAAGACGCACGCGGUCGGUGUUCGGAAGAUUGUCGUGGCGACGAACGUGGCGGAGACUUCCGUGACGAUCGAAGACGUCGUCGUCGUGAUCGACAGCGGUCGGGUCAAAGAGCGCCAGUGGGACGCGCGGCGCGGGAUGGCGAGCUCAUUAGAAGGCUGGGUCUCGAGAGCCGCGGCGAGGCAGCGCGCGGGAAGAGCCGGGCGCGUGCGCGCGGGGACGUGCUACGCGUUGUUCACUUCGCACCGCGCGCGAGACGGAUUCCGGUCGCAUCAAGUCCCGGAGAUGCACCGCGUCCCGCUCACGGAGAUUGUGUUACAGAUCAAGAAACUCGACGUCGACGACGGGGCGGAGGCGUUCCUGGCCGGGUCGUUGGAGCCGCCCGCUCCUGACGCGGUGGUCGCGGCGCUGAACACUCUGAGGGAAGUUGGAGCCGUGGACGCGUCGGAGGCGGCGGCGUUGACCCCUCUCGGGCAUCAUCUCGCCGCGCUUCCCGUGGACUGCCGCGUCGCGAAGAUGCUCGUGUACGGCGCGCUCCUGUCGUGUUUAUCCCCGGUGCUCACGAUCGCAGCGUGUUUAUCGUACAAGUCGCCGUUCACGAGUGGUCAGGGCGGGAAAGGCGGCGGCGGCGCCGCCGCCGGGGACGCCGCGCGGAGACAACUCUCGCUCCCGAGCUCCGGCUGCCUCGCGUCCGGGGAGCAGAGCGAUCACCUCGUGUACGCCGCCGCGUACGAAAACUGGGCCAAGGUGGCGUCCGUCUCCGACCGUAACACCGCGCGCAGGCACGCGACGAAGCACGGCUUGUGCCCGGAGACGUUGAAGCAAAUCGCGGAGAUGCGCGGGCAGUACGCGAGCCUUCUCGCGGACAUCGGAUUCAUCGCCGGCUCGAAGGGCACGCGCGCGGACGCCUCCCCGAGCGGCUGGGUGGACGACCCCUCCGCGUCGUGGAACGUCGACGCGAAGCGCGCGCCGGUGGUGAAGGCUGUCGUCACCGCGGGUCUCUACGCGAACAUCGCGGCGACGGAGAACACCGGGCGGUGGCGGGACGCGAAGGGCGAAGUCGGGGUGCACCCGUCGAGCGUAAACGCGAAGCUCGCGACGCCGACGUUUCCGUUCUUGGUGUUCCACGAGAAAGUGAAGACGUCCAGGGUGUUUCUGAGGGACAGCACCGUCGUCGCCCCCGCGGCGUUGCUCCUGUUCGGCGGCGCGAUGGACGUGUAUCACGCCGCGGGGAGGGUGUCGUUGGACGGGUGGCUGUGGCUGAGAGCGUCCGCGCAAGUCGCUGUGCUGUUCAAGAAGCUGCGCCGCGCUCUGGACGACGAGCUC